ACAGAGAUACAACCAUGGCACCUACAGUCACUGCAGCAAUGAACUAUUCCAAGGAAUACCUGACUCUGGCUAACAAGCUGAGAAAGCCAGUGGUUGAAAAGAUGCGCAGAGAUCGAAUCAACAGCAGCAUCGAGCAGCUCAAGUCUCUCCUGGGCCCAGAGUUCCGUGGCCAGAAUUCCAACUCCAAGCAGGAGAAAGCCGACAUCCUGGAGAUGACAGUUUGCUUCCUGAGACGCCAGCAUCAGCACCAGUCAGCGAACAGCACAUCCUGCUCUUCAGCUAUCAGUAAGGGCUACUCCAGGUGUGCGCAAGAGAUUGUCAGCUUCCUGUCUCGCUAUGAAGUGAAGACCCCAUCCCAGAGAAGACUGUUGAACCAUUUCCAGAACCCACAGCCAUCCUCUGACAAGAGCAAGAGUCAGUUUGUAGUGCCUCAGCUGAGCUCUCCAGCACACAACACCAGCGGCAAAGAGAAGACUCCAGCCAGCAGUGCCCUCUGGAGGCCCUGGUAGAGUCCUGCAGAAUGUGUCACAAUUGUCAGACCAACAGAA